AUGAACUCAACACAAAAUCCUUAUCCAUCUAUUUAUAGAGUGAGCCAACUUUUGAUGAGUUUUGUUCCAUGUCCAAAUUUAAUAAUGCACAAAGAGUAUCCACAUGCUCCUGAACCCCCAAUUUCAGCUAAUGUUGCACAGCCUCCGCCUUACGGUGCAGUAUCACCACCACAGCAGCAAGUAUUUCACCUUGGCGGAACUCAAUUUGUUCCCCCACUACAAGAUUAUAGGGGGGGACCGGUACCGGCACCUUACCUUUAUCAAUCUUAUAGUGGUGCACAACAACAACAACCAGUUAUCAAUGUCCAACCAUCGCAACCUGAAGUUAUUGUUGUGCAAAAUCCAGUUUUCGGUUCUGAACCCCAAAACGCGAGAUGCCCGCACUGCCACACCGAGAUGUUCACUAGAACCGAGACAGCUAUUACUCCUAUGACACAUACUAUGUUCAUUUUAUGCUGCCUUUUUGGUUCUAAAACCAGUGUGGUUUGA